GACUACGGCAUCUCGGCGGGAACUGGUUUCCUGCCGGCUGAACCGCCGCUGGACACCUUACCAGCCUUCUACGCCAAAUGGGAAUCCAUUGUUCGCAAUCUGCAACCUCUUCUGCUGAGCAAGCGCGUGCGUGAUGUCGUGGACUGUCUCCCUAUACUAUCGACUUCCAACCUCCAAACAGAUGCCGAAUGGCGCCGCGCAUAUGUGGUUUUGGUCUUCAUGCUGCAUGGCUAUGUCUGGGGUGGUGAUCGACCGGCCGAGAGGAUCCCUCCACAACUUACACAGCCUCUAUUUGAAGUUUGUGAACGAGUACAGCUCCCGCCUGUGGCAACAUAUGCCGGCGUGUGCCUCUGGAAUUACCGUCCAAUCUUCCCCGACGAGCCUACCGAUAACCUGGAUAAUCUCGCCUGCUUGCAAACCUUCACGGGCUCUCUGGACGAGCAAUGGUUCUUCCUCGUCUCAGUCGCCAUGGAAGCACGUGGUGCGCCGUCGAUCCCGCUGAUGCUGCAGGCGAUCGCCGCCGCGCGUCAAGACAGGGCUGAGGUCGUGACGCAGUGCCUGCAGCACCUUGCAGAAAUAAUAGAUGAGAUCAGCGGUCUCCUUCUGCGCAUGUACGACAACUGCGACCCAUACGUUUUCUAUAAUCGCAUCCGUCCCUACCUGGCCGGCAGCAAGAACAUGGCUGAUGCCGGGCUACCCAAUGGAGUACUCUAUGACGAUGGCCGCAACGCCCCCCAAUACCGCCAAUACGGUGGAGGCAGUAAUGCCCAAAGCUCUCUGAUACAGUUCUUUGAUAUCGUUUUGGGAAUCGAGCAUCGCCCGACUGGAGUCACACGCAAGGACCAAGCUUCUGCCGAUGCCGAAGACAGCCCACGACCCCGCCACGGCUUCAUCCACGAGAUGCGUGAAUACAUGCCAGGCCCGCACCGGCGAUUCCUACAAGAUGUCGAAUCUGUUGCCAAUAUACGAGCCUACGUCGAGGCUCACCGCGCCGAUCCCGCCCUUCGCAUCGCCUACGAUGCCUGUCUUUCGAUGUUGAGAGUCAUGCGUGACAAGCAUAUUCAGAUCGUUUCACGGUACAUUAUUCUUCAGUCGCGCGGUGCGCGAUCUGCAUCGCAGUCCGGCGAACCCAGCAAACCAGCUGUCAAAAACCUCGCGACGGCUGCGCCCAAAGAUAAUAAGAAGUUGCGUGGAACUGGUGGGACGGCGCUCAUCCCAUUCCUGAAACAAGCGCGCGAUGAAACAGGCGAACCAGCUAUUGAUGCGUGGGCUCGACGCUUGCUCAGCAAUGGCCCUGCGGAUAAGGGUUCAGCUGCUUUGAGCAAGGUCGGCGAGCAACCUGAUGGCCAUCUUGAGGUGGUUGGUCUAUGUGGAACAUGGACCGCUGAUGAUAGUGAGGGUGGAAUCUGCCAUUGGUAG